AUGGACAGCUCCCAACUUAGAAUGACACAAACAGGCGGACCAACUCGUCCGAAAUCAGAGUGGCUGAAAACAUCAAGAGGACUCUAAAAUACACAGAAAAGAAACAACAUUGAGAAACUACAAAUAAUAGAGCGGGAGGAUAUUACCAAGAUGGAGGAGUGUGCGAGUCUGGACUCGGAGAUGACAGAGCUGCAGGAGUUUCAGUGUGAGGCUUCAGAGGCCAUCAGCCAGGACGAUGAAGACGAGGUGGAGGAACUAAGAAACAGUCUGCGAGAGGUUGUCCAGGACCAGUCUGUGAACCCCAGACUCCAGUGCCUGAUGGUGGAUCCAUCGUUCUCCAUGGUAACUGUUCAGAGCGAGGACAGUGGUAUUGUUUGGGAGACUGCCUCUAGCCGCUGCUCUACCCCUUGGGCCUCUGAGACUAGCUCCAUCUCUGAAGCCUACAGCAUGGAGGGGUCUGGAGCCGCAGGAAAGAUCACCAUCGUAUUUGAUGAGGAGCAAAUAGUCCGCAGGAGGACAAGGUCUGGAGGAAGGAGCAGCAGGCUGGGGGACAGGCUGAGCCGACCUGGUAGUUCAAGAUCAGCUUCAGCUCUUGGAGUGGAGAGACUGGAGAUGGCAGAGGUUUCUCUUCCCAAUGUCAAAAAGGAGAAAACCGAAACAGAGCCGGACUUGGAGGAAAUCAAAAACAAAGAUCAGCAGCUGUUUAGUUUGAUUUCAGAGGGUUAUGAGAUUCUCAACAUCAGAGUCCCCUCCAAACUUCCCACUGUGGAUGAGGAAGAGAGCACAGAGCUCCAGGACAAUUUGUCUUAUUUGGACCAGACUCCAAAGAUCAAAUCCCGAAACCACCGUGACUGGACACGACAACAGAAUCAUGUCCAGCCAGAGGAGGGGGAAAUACUGGAUCACCAAGAGCCCUCAGAGGAAGAUUCUUCUCAGCAAUCAGCGUUCACAGAGCUCAGACACACACCCACUCAGAAAGAGAGCACUGGCGACAUAGACUACUUUGAGAAGUUUACCCUGCUUGAUGUGGUGGUUCCUGAAGAACAAGCUCCAGAGCCGCAGGAAGAGGCUGAACAGCCUGCAGCGACGCCCCAAGUAGAGGAGCAAAAGCUUGCUAAGGAGACAGCCUCAGAGAGCCCUUCUGCAUCAGAAGACUCCUUUGUCUUUGUUACAGAUGUGGAGAUAGUUGGGGAACACCUGGAUGAGGUCUUCUAUGGAGAAGGAGCUGCUGCUGAUGCACUGCAGCGGAGAGAAGAUGAUGAGGCGGAAGGUGGAGCAAGGAUGAGAAUGAGACGAGAGAGCCAGAGAUCUGUGAAGGAGAAUGGUUCCGUGUUGUUUGGGAGUCAAGAGACUAUCCUCACACCCAUUUUUAUCUCCCCAGGACCCCCUAAAAUAAUUGACCCCAUCCUACUGGAAGAACCCACCGCCAUGUCCUUUAUGUACUCAGACCUUUAUGAGGAUGCUAUAGGUGAGAGGAGGAAGAGCGAUGAGGAAUACUCUGAGGCAGAAAGCGUGGCAUCUGAGAAGUCUUAUAAAAGACGUUUAUCAGAUUCAGAGGAGGCGGAUGGGUACCUGGAGAAGUUUACUUUAAAGGAUGAAAUUCCCACAGUGGAGGUUCAACCUGAGACAGUGGAGGAUAGGAGAGUGGGGAGGAUGAUGUGGUCACAGAGUCAGUUUGAAAUGACAGGAUGUCUAACAAGAGUGGUCAAAGAAGAAGAAGAAGAUGAGGGCAAGAAGAAGAUAGAGGAACCAAAGACACAGGAUGUCAGUGAGAGGAGUGAAGAUUUAAAAUCACUAACAUUGGAAGACAAAAAAGAAAUAGUUACAGAAACAGAAAAGGAGAGGGAGGAAAUACAACUCUCCAUGGUGACUGAAGAGCAGACUGUCAGGGAAGCUUUGGAAGAAUCAAUUCAGGAGUCUAAACUGAGAGAGGAGGAGGAGAUGAUGGGGGAUCAGGAAAUGAAACAGGAAGUAAAGACAGACCAAACUGAGCCUCCUGAGAAAAGCACUGAUGAACUACUGCCUAGAACCCAACAGGUGGACAGUACAGUAGAGAAAACAGGGGAGAGUAAGGAGAAUCAGAGAGAGGUGCCAGCAGAAACAGCUAGCAUUAUUGAAACUGAGCAGCCACGUCCAACACAAGAAGUGGUAGAAGAAACCACUCAGGUGGUUGUAAAUGCUACAGACGAGGCAGCUGUGAUAACACCUGUAAGCAGUGAGCGGCCACACAUCACCACUAAAUCUGAAAUACCAACAGAAACCGCUGAGCAGAGUUUGUCUGAGGAGGUGGCUAAUGACAUUAAGAUGGUGGCCACUGAUGAGACAGUAGUAACUGAGGUCAUAGCAGAGGUCCCAGCUGAAGUGAAAGAACCCGAGACUGAAAGACAGGAAAUUCUCACCUCUACUGAAAUAGAGACAUCAGCUGAAACAACACUGUGUGAGGAAAAAGGAGCAGCAGAUGUGGUUUCUGAAAGUGUUGCACCUGUUGAGGUUAUCACUGACUGCGAUUCUGCAGUACAUGCAGUAGUGGAGGUAAUAGAAAAAGCAGUGGAUGAAAAAGAGAUCAAAACUCAAGUUCAGAUUGAUCUUCAGGAGGUAACAAGUGUUAAGACAACAGAUGUUCCAACAGCAGCUCCUGGAGGAGAAGAAGAACAUGAAGAUCUAACAGAGAAAACUACAGUUGAGAGCGAGGUGCCUCAAUUUAUUACUAAAGCUGGUCAGGAGUCAGAGGUUAAAACUAAGAUUCUAAGUGAGGUAACUGAACCUGUGAUACCAGAAGAAGUCAAGACUGAUGAUUCAGACAAGAAACAGCAUGGAAUUCAAGAGUCCAAGCAGCAUCAACAAGGGAAAUCAGUAACUGACAGUGAAUCAGACAAUACAAAUCUGAUAACUGAAGCCAAAGAUAAAACCCCCACAGAGGACACUGUGACUGAUGUUCAGGACAAGGUGAAUGUGGGUGAUGAAUUAAUCCUCCUUGUACCCAAAGGACAAGCUGUAGAGAUGGACAUAGAGCUAAGUCAGCAGCCAGAGAAGACUAAAAGUAAUACAGUAGUUCUCUCUGAACCUGACAGCACAUGUGAACAUCUCAUAAAACCUGAAACCACAACAAUAUGCCCUGAGACUCUUCAGGCACCAAAUGAAGAAACAAUGACAGAGCCUCAACUUGAAUUAAAACCAGAAGUUAUUCUGAAGGAAGAAGCACUACCUAUAAACCAAGUAGACAAGAGGGAUUCUCCUCUAGCACCUGUAGAGGAGGCCAGCACAGAGGAGCAGAAGACUGAGUGGGGCUUUAAAGAAGAAACAAUAACAGAGCCUCAACUUGAAUUAAAACCAGAAGUUGUUCUGAAGGAAGAAGCACUACCUAUAAACGACUUAGACAGGAGGGAUUCUCCUCUAGCUCCUGUAGAGGAGGCCAGCACAGAGGAGCAGAAGACUGAGUGUGGCUUUAAAGUAGAAACAAUAACAGAGCCUCAACUUGAAUUAAAACCAGAAGUUGUUCUGAAGGAGGAAGCACUACCUAUAAACGAGUUAGACAGGAGGGAUUCUCCUCUAGCACCUGUAAAGGAGGCCAGCACAGAGGAGCAGAAGACUGAGUGGGACUUGGAAGAAAACAAGGACGUCCUUUCCACUCUGAGGAGCUUUACCCCUCAGGAGGAUUUGUCCGGGCUACACAGAGAGGAUACACAGUCAGAAGAAGCAGAUGUAGAACAAAAGGCAGAGAGGCAGGAGGUGAAAGAUGCCCCAAAAGCAAACAUUGUUAAAGAGGAUUCAAGUCUAGAGACUGAUCUGCACACAGAGGAUGUAGGGCAAAAGAUGGAGCAUGAUGAAGCAGGUGCAGAGGCUCCAGAGGUGACUGUUGACGAGCUUGAAUAUGAGGUGAUAUCUAAACAGGAUGCAAAAGAGAUGCUGGAACCUGAAACACAGAGAGAUGCAGCAGAACCAAAACCCUCUGAGUCUGGUCAGGAGAGAGAAGAGAGGGUGGAAGUGGAGGUGGAGGUGGAGAUGGAGAUGGAGGAGAAGGAGGAGAAAGUCUUGGAUCUGUCCCCAGAAGAAGAGCUCAUUGAGGCUGACUAUGAAAUCAUUGAUGCAGAGGAGGAGAGUCAGGCCCGACUGGCAGCUGAGCUGCAGGGGAUGGACUGGUUUUGUCUCACUUGUGGAUGUCUGCUGUCAGUGGACGACUAUGGGUCAGGACUGCAUCACAGCCAUGAGGUGACUGCUGUGGACAAAGCAUACGAGGAAAUCAAGGAGAAGCUGAGUGACUGGAUCUCAGAGCUUCAGGGGAGGUCAGAGAACAUCGAGGACCUGGUGUCUGAGCUUGAACUGGCCUACAACUCUGUAGAGGACCAGUGUGUGGAGACUGAGGCGGCGAUGCAGGCACAGAAUGAGGAGAUGAUGGCUCUGGUGAUGGAGCAGUACAAUAACAUGUCUGUCAGCAUGGAGGAGGAGAAGAAGGCCAAGCUGGAGCAGCUUUAUGACCAGAUUGUCUCCUUCCAGGAGAGCAUCGACUCCGCCAAGGCCACUCUGGAGACCACGGCCAGAGAGGCUGAGACUGAUGCACGGUCACCUGAAGACAUUCAUGCAAGACUCAAGGCAGCUCUGGACACAGCCAUGUCAUUGGAGCUGGGUCCCAAGGGACUGCUGGUGUUCGAGGAUUAUGCCAAGGGCAACACUUCCAGCUCUCAUGCCGCACAGCGCAAGGGAAUCCCAGUGCCUCAGAGGCCUACACUGCAGUCUCAGGAGCCAGGUUCAGCCACCAGCACCAGUGUCACUGUUUACUGGAAAGUCAACCCUGGAGAUAUAAUAGACUGCUUCCAGGUCUACUGCAUGGAGGAUCCACAAGGAGCUGUGUCAGAGGAGUACCGUGUAACAGUAAAGGAGAGUUACUGUGCUCUGGAGGAGCUGGAGCCAGAUAAGACCUACAAAGUUUGGGUGAUGGCUGUCAACUACACAGGCUGCUCUCUGCCCAGCGAAAGACUGGCCUUCAGAACGGCUCCAUCAGUGCCAGUGAUUGAUACAGAACUCUGUACUGUCAUGUGGGAUUCAGCCACGCUGCGGUGGAACACAACAAAACAGACUCCCGAACAGAGUUACACCUUGGAGUACUGCCGACAGUAUGAACUGGAGGGAGAGGGGCUCAGGUCCAUCUCAGGUAUCAAAAGCUGUGAACAGAAGGUUCUCCUGCAGCCCAGUGAGAAUUAUCUGUUUUACAUCAAAGCUGUGAAUGAGGCUGGGGCCAGCGAACAGAGCGAGGCUGCACUCAUUUCAACCAAAGGGACAAGGUUCCACCUGCUGAAAACCUCAGCUCACCCAGUUCUGGAGCUGUCAAUGGACCAGACCACGUUGCACUACUCUGAAGACUCACCUGCAAACACACUAUCUACAAACAAACAGUGUCCAUCCAUCCUGGGUGAGUUGUUGCCAGCACAUGGACAUUACUACUGGGAGACCAUUGUGUCAAGAAGUGCAGCUUACAGGCUUGGAGUGGCAUACAACACAGCCAAUAGAAACAGUUCUCUGGGGGAAAACAACCUUUCAUGGUGUUUGCAGUGUAUCCCUACACCAUCAGGCUGCAGGUAUCAGUUGCUUCACAAUGACGUUCAGUCCACUGUGUUCGUGAUUGAGAUGCCUGAGCGAGUGGGUACUCUCCUGGAUUACCAGCUUGGUCGUUUAUCUUUCUAUAACGCCCAAAGUGGUCAGUUGUUAGGCACUUUCUACCAGCGCUUCACCCAGCCAUGCCACCCUGCUCUGGCCCUGGAGUUGCCAGGCAGCCUGGAGGUGUGCAUGGUGCUGGAGGUGCCUGAGUUUACCAAAGACAGAUAGCUCUGCUACAUGGCUCACACGCUGUUUACAGUUCAUGUUGGACAUAUAUUUGAAUGAUCUUAAAAUUACAAUUAUUGCAUUACUGAGAAAACUGCACAUAUGACAGGACAUAAAAUAUACUGAUAUCCACAGUAAAGGCAGAAGACUUAAUGGGCCCCAAUCUUCUAACAAGGACUCAUUGAUGGGUUUGUGUGUUUUUAGUGAGAUCGAACCUAAUUAGUGUAGAGCUUUGUGGUAAAGCGAGUUUUCUCUGACCGAACAUAAAUUCAAUUCACUAUAUGUUUCUUUUGGUAACAGAAAUGAAAUUGUAAAUAUCAAAAACAGAGGCAGUAAAAAUGAAUGACGACGGUGUGAAAUAUAACUGGAUUGAAAUUUUGCUUUGUCAAGGGAGAAGUAAAAUGUUGUGGAUAAUUUUGUAAAUUUGACCAUAACAUAUGCUGUUGUGAUAGUUUUGUACUGUUUUGUAAACGUCUAGGAUUAACCCAUUUUUAGUUUUUUCAUUUAAACCCUUACUGAGUAAAUGAUCUGAAGCAUAUUGAAGUCAAACACACACUCUAUCGUUACAGAGAAAAACAACAGUUAAAGCCUUUUUUCAACACAAAGUUUAGACACUGAAAUAUAGAAAUAUACUGUAGCACUUUUGAAUUGUAUUUCAUAUUGUGAAUUUGUGUAAAUAACAUUUUUAAACAGAUGUGAUCACUUUUUUUGUUAUGUGCGACUCACAGCAAGUGAAUAUGAAUUGUUUUCCUUUCCCUGUCCUGUAAACUGACUUUCUGUCUGAGCUGAAUGAACAUGUUUAUUUUUCUAUUUGCACAACUGGA